UAGUAACCGGAAGUUGACAUGCAGAUGUCCAAAAUGGCGACCAAAGGAAAUUUCCCUCCAAACAUUUUGAUUUCUCAGAGGUUUACCAUAAUUUAGAGAACUUAACAUUGCAUGACACUCACUGGUCUCAAAUUAUAGAGGAUAACACUUUAUUUCUCAUCGGUUUCAAUAUAGAUAUGUAUAGGAUGCUGGAGUAAACAUGAAAUAAUUUACGAAAACAAAAAACAAUGUCAUCUGUUCAAAAGUUUCUAAGUCAUAUGCAAAUGAUGAACAUGUCAAAUUAAAAUUUCAACUUUGUGAAAAACAGAGCAUGUGAUAUUAUGACUUAAGAUUUGACACAAUGCCAGGUCGCAUGAUUUGUUUUGUUUGCGGUAGCCCUGGUGCAGAGACUACCCUACGUGUUCGGCAAAAUGACCGUGAGCCAUAUUUUCCCUUCCUUCUGCAUCAUGACCCACCGAAAGGUGCACGGCUGCCAAGUUCUGAGGGAGUGAUAGAUAGCUGUGCUGUUUGCUACAUGUUCUUGACCCAGCAAUGGGAAUCGUACGAGAGGUCAAAGACACCUGCUGUGAAACGCUUGUAUUGGUUGAAGAGGUCAGACAAUGGCAGCUUCACAGGAGCAGAAAUGAGAAUUCAGGGAGAAUAUAUAGCACAAGUAAUGGGACUUCAGUAUCCUCCAGGAGUGGAUGAAAGAGGUUCUCCUGAAAAUACAGCAGCAGAAAGAGAAUAUUCAAAUCACAGUAAUAAUAAUACAAGUGCCAUAAUGUAUAGUCGUUCAAAUUCUAAUAACCAGAGUCAUAGGAACUCAAGGGAUUAUUCUCCUCGGCCACACAACCAAGGGAAAAGUUCAGCCCUAGAUUUAUCUACUCCAAAGAAGCACUCUGACAGUCACCUUGUAACUGAAUCAAAGAAUAAAUGCGAAAGCAGUAACUCCGUGUGUUAUAUUUGUGGCCAGUUAUAUUGCCAUCAAAGCAAUAAUUUUUUAAGUGCUUUCUAUCAAGGAAAUGGAGAACCAUUUUUUCCAGUUUUAGAAAGAAUAACGCCAAGUGCAGGUGCUGAAUAUAUGACAAGAAGUGGCCAAGUCCAUGCUUGUAAUCAAUGCAAAAACAUGCUGUUUCAGCAAUGGCAAGCUUUUGAAAUGUCAGGGACGCCACUUUCUCAUAGAAACUUCAAACUUCCAAGGGAAACAGAAAGUAGAAAAAUGGAAAUAAAAACAGAAGAUAAAUAUGCAAAUAAUGUAAGUGCCUCAUCAUAUUUUUGCUACAUUUGUGGCUGUUCAUAUAUAACUGAUCAUGUACGUCUUUUGAAUACAUUACCUCCAAAGAGAGCAACUCCAGCAGCUAUAUUUUUCCCAUUUGUUCGGGAGUUGAAGAGACCAGCAAAUGCAGAGCCUCUUAGGUCCGAUGGAACUGUGAUAGUAUGUAUAAAGUGCUACAGUCACUUGAGUUACCAGUGGGAAAUACAAGAAUCAGAGGGAGUGCCAGUGUACUGUAGACAGUACUCGCUUCACUUCCUUAACGAAAAAUCUUCGCCGAAAGGUACAGUUUCAGAAAUGCUAAACCAAACUGGAGGCCCAAGUGGGGAAAGAAUUGAACCAUUAAAUAUUCGUAUUUCAUCGGCUAGUCCUAUGCAUUCAAAUACUACCUCUGGCACAAACUGCCCUCAAGGACUUCUGGCCAUAGCCUCUCAAGCAGAAAAUGCAACACAGUCUAUUUCUAGAAGUAGAAGCUCAAGUUUUUCAGGCAGUCCAAAUAAAUCACAGGACAUUGUCAUAGAUUCAAAGACGACUGCUGCUGAAGCUUACACAUGUCCAAGCUCGAUAUCAAAAACUGUACCCCACCCACUGCAACAAGUAACUGAGAUACCUAAUCGCAUUUGUUUCCUGUGUGGAGAGAAAUGCAUUAUUCAUAAGAUGAGACAUUUAUGCUCGUAUCCAGCUCGUCAUGAAGCUAAACACACAAAUUCGCAAGUAGAACCGUUCUUUCCGUUCCUAGCAAAUUGUACUCCGGCACCAGGAGCAGAGUCUUUAACAGAAGAUGGAACUGUUAUAGUUUGCAAACUUUGCUUUCACAGUGUAUUGAGACAGUGGACAGAAUAUGAGCAGUCUUCAAACCCAGCAGACAGCAAUCGUUGGCUGAGAAAAUACCAUCUUCCGAACUAUAUUUGUUACGUGUGUGCUGUUGAAAAUGAGAGGAAGUUCACCAGAACAAUAUCAGUGGAGAAUUUUAAUUUUCUGAAAGAGCACAAAGCUCCGAAAGGAUCGCUAGUUAUUGAUGAUGGAAGACGUGUGGCUGUGUGCAAAUCGUGUGCGUACAGUUUGAUGCAACAGUUUUCCGAGUACGAGAGGAUGGGGGUUCCACAUCAGCUGCGCAGAUUUAACUGGAUGCAGAAGUUGAACCAAAAUAUACCUGACAUGUGUAAUGAUGACGAAAGUCAGGACAAUAUAAAAGAAGAUGAUGAAAGCAGUCACGAAUAUAAACAUAUGGCGGAGAGAGGGUAUGAAAGGCCAGAGACAUGUCAAGACGAUUCUCUCCAUCACAGACGUCCGUCUGAGACAGAACAAGAAGUCCAUAGACAGAGACGUUUAUCAUUUGGUGGGAAGGAAGAAGAGAACUCACAGCAAGGUCCAUUAGGUUCAAAACCACCCCCACUGAACAUGAUGAGUCCCGCAGGCUCCAAGCACCAGAGAAAUACUGCAACUGUGUCCCCUCUGCAUCAUGUGACCUCGCCUACAAAUGGAGUGACGUCUCUUGGAGGAAGUGCGUCAUUAAAUGCGUCAAGAACGUCGAGUUUUGCUGCAGCUCUAAGAAAGUUGGCAAAUCAGGCUAAAGAUCCUCCAGACGAAGGGCCUGUAAAAACAGCAUCUUCUACCAGUCCAAGAGAUACAACGUCAAAGAGCGGGCCUCCACCAUUGAUGUAUAGCACGUCUACAACCUUGACCUCGCCUCCAGUGGUAACCAUAGCACCAACACAGUCUCAUCCAAGUCUACUGGCCAGUGAUAACAGACCUAGCUUGGAAAGAUUACACAGCAAUUCCUCAAUGUUUGAGUCAGUAUCAGGGAAGAUGGACAGGCCUCACUCCUCUGCCUCAAGGGAUGAUGACAGAGCCUCGAGUAGGGACAAUCUUUCCCAGUCUGCUCGAAGGUUGACACCACAUUCAACACCUGGGGCUGUUUCACCUAUGUCUGCUAGAGAAGAGGCACCAGCCCGAGGGUUCCAGCCAUACAGACCUGGUGACGACUUGCGCCCGCCCAUGUCAUCCUCGCUGGCCCUAGACCAUGCAGCCGCAGCCGCGGCAGCAGCUUAUUCAUACCCUGCAGCCUUUUUACCACCCCAUGCAUUUCCACACCCAGCAUUCAGGUUUGAUGACCCAUUAUUAUUGGAGCGUUACAGAAUGAUGCAGUCUCCAUACAUGCCAUACCCCCAGGGAAUGAUGCCACACCCUAGUCUACACCCUUUAUUAGCAGCCGGAGGGAGAUAUCCGCCAGACCUGUUCCCGCCCCAGUUUCCACCUUUCUCACAACAGAGCAGGAUGUCAGACCAUCGCUCACCAUCUAUGCUGUCAGAGAGACAAAGAAUGGAAGAGGAAAAACAGAGAGAAAUGGAACGUGAAAGAGAAAAGGAGAGGGAGCGUGAACGGGAACGAGAAAAGGACCGAGAGAUGGCUAUACAACGGGAGAGACAGAGGGCGCUAGAGAGAGAAGCUGAAAAACAGCGUGACCGAGACCGGUUAGCUUGUCAAGAUCGUGAUAGGCUGCCCUCUAGAGACAGGGACAGACUACCAUCGCAUGAGGACAUGGGCAAAGAAUCACUUGAGAGUUCUCUGUCUGCCAAAUUUGGCAGUAUUAUUCAAGGAACACCAAAAGGUCUUGGGAUUGCUGAUAGAUAUCCACGAGUCACAUCUUCGUCAUCAUCUACGGCAGGUCUCGGUCGAAAAGAUGAAAGGAAAAUUCCAAAGGAAGAGUAUGGUUUUCCUAGCAAUCAUAGUCAACAAUCUUCACACAGGGGCUCCAUAGAGGAACAUAAAAAACGAAUGUCUCUUGUCAACCCGUUGCGAGAGGGCGGGAAGCCUCGGCCUCCGCCACUAGUCUCCCCAAGGGCACAUGGAGAUCCCCAGUCACGCUCCAGUAAAAGUAACGAUACAGGUCUGUUUAGACCAUUUGACAGUAACCAGAUGAUGAAUGGGUACGACAAUCACAAUAGACGUGACAGGGAAAACUCUACAGUUUGUAAAGUGGAAUCUGAGGAAAAGAAACAUUCCCAUGAAAGGCAUCUUUUAAAUCCGAAGUACGAGAAAGAUACAAGGGAGACGACUCACAAGACUGGAUCUUCUGUUAGCGCCUUUCAGACGUUCGCGAAUCACAUUUCAAAAAUGGAAUCUGAUGCUCAGAUUUUAUCGCGUUCAGUCAACAGGGAUGCGUCAUAUAGUAUUCCACACUCUGCAUACUCGACACCAUUAAAUGUCCCGUCAUAUAACACUUCGUUAAUUCAGUCAGGUUUACACAGAAGUGAUCAAGUUGUCGGGACAGACUACUCUAAGUCUUCAGGACAUGAAUCUCAGAAUUGCGUUAGUAAACUCGAUCUUGACGAAAAACGGAAAAAUGAAUCUCGAGAUAAGACGUGUUGUAGUGAUAGUGAAUGUGACUUAAGUAAUGAAGAGGACAGUCAAGAAAAGCAACUCCUAAUUUCUUCAGGUCCACCACUUAAACUAGACACGUCGCCAAAAAAGAUCAAGCUCCUCUCAGAACUUGGACUGACAACUUUUUCAAAUAAAAAAGAUGCAGAUUUUGAGAAAUUUAGAAAGAGGCGACGGAGAAUGAAGGAGCGAAGCGUGAGCCCGGUGUCUGUCGAGUCUGGACCCCCUACACCACUGAAGUCACAAUACAGACCUGAAGAUCUGUGCAUGGAACCAGACUAUAAACUGAAAUGUCAAUUUCUGUCUCAGCACUUACAUCUAGAACCUGUUCCUCAUGAUACAAAGAAAGUUCAUGAUGUCAUUAAGAAGGCUUGCGAUGAAGAGAAAAAGAGGCGACUGAAUGUAGACGUUCCGAUUUGUGUCGAUAAUCAUAGUCUGAAAACUGGUGUUAAACGUAAACUUGAAGACGAUGUGUUCAGUCCAUCUCAAAUAGACUCAGAUUUUUUGCCGGACCGUAAAUUGAACCUUUUUCACAGAGACACAAAUACUAAUAGAUUAGGGAAAAGCACGUCAUCACCUUCUCUCGACAGCUUGGAAAGAAGUAAAUCAGAUUCCAGUGCAGUGAAUUUGAAACGGCCGAACAUGUUCGGAAAAAGUUUCGUGCAGGAAUUCCAUGAAUCUGUUUUACAAACAACAAGACAAAAGGAGAUGAAAAGAUUGUCAGGUGAAAGUCAGAAAAUAACUGAUCUGUCUCCAACAAAGUCCAUGCAUAUGUUACCAUGGCAACCGAUGAGUCUGGAAGCAUGGCCUGGUGUUGAUGGCAUCAUGGAAACUUACCAGAAAUAUCAUCAGGGAGAGAAGUUAGAACGGCAGGUAUUACUCGAUAGAAACCGUAAGUUACGUGAAGAGAAUGCCAAGCUUAAUACUGCAGCAGCACAGCUCAGCCAGAGAAUGGAGGUAAACUAUGGAAAUGAGCUACUGAGGAAUAAACGGCAACUUGAAGAACUGAGAUGUUACAAUCAGGAACGUGUGGAUGUACUAAAAUCAUCUAUCAAGAAACUCAAAUGAGGGUCGGAACAUUCAAGAUUCAUGUUAUUGUCCCCAAAUUACCAAUUUAAGAAAUUCAUUUGAAAUAUUGCACUUAUUAAUCAAGAAAUUCAAAUUGAGGUUUAAACAUUUUGGUUACAAGAUGUUUGAAAAGCACAGAUGAGGAAACUCAUCAAAACAUCAGUUGCUAAGACUACAGCCUGCGAAAUGUAUAUAACAGUUAACUCAGAUGCAGAUCUUCAGGUGUAUGCUGACAGAUGAAACUGUCUGGAACUAUUUUCUAUUGAACAAAUUAUUCUGAUCCUUUCCUCAGACAGAAUUUUGUAGUAUGUGUUGCAUAUGUAUAAUGAGCUUUGAAUACGAGGAUAGAGUGACAGACUGAAAUAUUGUAGCUUGUCCUUUUAAAGGAUUUUCAGAUUUUAUGUUUUAUUUAGUCAUUAUAUAGUGGAGAAAAAUUGAGUGCUGAGCACAAACUAUUGUUCAAGGUUUUCAUAUGUAUACACUUGGAAUAACAUUUUUUUAUUGGAUGUUCUUUAUUAUGUCCUAAUAUUUAUGUCCUUGGCAUUAAACUGUUGUAACUGUAAAGUUUGUGUCACUGAUAGCAUUUUAUUCUUUUGUUUUCCUAGAUACUGUAUGAUGAUACAUGUAUUAGUAAUUUUAAUCAUUCUGAGGAACUAAAGGAUGGAAAUUUAAAAAAGAAAUUGUGGAGUUUUUAAUUUAUUGUCAAAGGAUCCAGUGUUAUUUUCACCCAUUUCGGAUUGCUAAAAUUAAAAAAAAUGUAAUUUUCACAACAUUUGUCAGAUCAAAAUAAAACUUCAGAAAUAUCAUACAUUGCUGUAUAAUGGUAUCAAAUACUGCAAAACUUCAAGAAAAAUUUGCUCCAAAUUUUCAGAGACCAUCGUUAUACAACUUUCUAAAAAAAAAUUCUUAAGAAACAUUCAAAGUUCGAAAAAGUUUCAAGACGUUUAAACUGUUACUAUUUUUUCCCUGAAAAAAUUAGGAUUAAUCAUUUAGAUAAUGCUGUUGUAGAAUUAGUAAUUCAAACAGUGGAUUAAGUGACAGGGACAGUAGUUUCAUGCCAAGGAAACAGUAUGUUAAAUGUUACUAUAAAUAGAUGUAUAAAUAUGCUUAUUAAUGUUAUAUGCUAGUGUCACCAUGUCUUUCAGAAGGCUGAUUGUACUAGCAUUAUCUGUGUUGUGAUACACUGUUACAUAAACACACUUGAGAUUUCAUACUUGUAUGUGUAUGCAUAUAUGUUAAAUUUCAUUAUUUCAUGAUGUGUUUAAGAGGUGUAAAAAUUUCGAGCAUUGCGGUUUUCACACAAUUUAGCCUUACAUGUUCAAAAUUUACUUGUAAAUCUUGUGCCUGAAGAUUUAAACAUGAAGAUUUAUGUGUAAGAAGCAACUUCAAAAAUUUCGGACAGUUUUCAGGAGAUGCUAAGAAGUAUGCAUAGUGAUUUUUCUGCCCAUAGAACAUUUAUGAUCUUUAUUACCCGUACUACAAAAGGGGGUUGUCAGCAUAUAGGUGAACAUGUACAGUCUUGAAAUCUCAACCUGUCUUAUAUCUGUUGCUAGGAAACAAGUAUUACUGUCUGAUGUUUUUAAUUUGUUAUUCGAAGUUGCUGUUAUUGUAGUCUAGGGGUUGUGGAGUCAAGAAUAAAGUAAAUACUCAGAAGGAGAAAAAACAAACACAGUUAAAUCUCAAGUUAUAAAGGUUUUAUUAAUUAAAGUUAAGUUGACUAAAAGAUGAAUUUUGGAAGAAGGUUCCAAAAAUAGCACACAGUAGUAAAUAUGACAGUGUUGAUGAAAUUGAAACGUUGAGAUUGAACAAAGGUCAAGGUGACAUGUACACAAGCUGUUGAUGAUAGGAUGGUUCUAUUGUAUAAAUUGAGGCGUAAAAUUAUUAAGGGCAGGAACUAAUAAUAUCUUUCUAGCCUGUGCUGUUUUAAUCUCCACAGUUAGCUAUUCCUUUGCAGCAUGUCCGUUUCCUACAUGUUGUCUGCUGCAUAACAAUUUCGCUGUAUGUUGCAUCACAUACCAAUAUUUCUUAUAUGCCGUUUGCUGCAUCACAUAUUCCAUACAUGCCAUCUGCUGCAUUCAUGCCAAUAUUUCUUGCAUACCAUUUGCUGCAUUCCCUACUUGUCAUCUGCUGCAUCACAGAUGGUUUUCACAAUUUUUUUUUUUUUAUCGAGGAUAUUUAUUUCUUCACAGAUUUUAUGCAUAUAGCUAUCAUUCACUACAUGACAGAUGAGUUUUAAUUUUUCACAGAUUUUCUCUAUAUUGAGGAUACUGGUAAUCUGCAUAAACAAAUUAUGUAGAUAGUUUAAGAAGUGUACUGCCUUCUUUUGUAAGUAAUUAUUCUCAAUAUAACAUUGAACAUUGUUUACUAGAACAUGGAAAUCUCCCUACAUUAGGAUUUCAUCUGUAAUUUAAAGACACUGUCUUCAUACAGCAGGUUUAUCUCUUCACUAACUGUAUUCUAUGCAUUGAGGAUGUUCUCUCUACAGCUUUAUUAUAGAUGGAGACACAUAGUUCGAUAAGGUUAGAAUGAAUAGGGAAGAAAAUGAAAACAAUUUGAUGCAUUUAAAUUUGAUUGGUUUAUACCUUAAUGUUUCUAAAUAAAACUGUGAAAUAGCACAUGAUCAAGUUUAGUCAGACCUGUGUUAAAGACCAUUUGUGAAUUAUAAUACUGACCAUAAUGACUGCUGAUUUCAUUUCCCAUAAGAGACCUCCAGUAUACUUUAACUUGUGAAUGAAGGCCUACAAAUUACAAAUAAAGACCUAUUUUUUGCGUGGUCUUAUAAUACAGGUCUGAUCAUACAUACACAUGUAGUUUUUCAGCAUUGUUUUACCAGUAAAGAAUUUUAUGUCCUAUAUUGUCAAUAAAAUUUUGUUAAGGACACUUUUAUAUUAGGGGAGAUGGAGUAAUGUUAUUUACUACUUUAUCAACAAUUUUUUUAGAUGGAAACCAUACGAUCAAAGCUGGUUAAUUUUUUUGUCGGAAUCAAAUUUAUUUUAUUUUGUAAAAGGGGCAUUUACUUUAUAUCCAGUUGGUAUCUUUGUUUGUAUAUUUUUAUAAAAAGGCACUCUGGCAAACUUUUUAGAAUUCUAUAUAACUUUUAUAACAUUUUCUGAUUUGGAAAUAAAAUAAUUUUACAUGUGCAGCUUAUUUUUAUGUGUCGUUGAUUGUUCAUUCUAUCUUGAUGUCAAACAUGUAUUUUUCUUGCUCUCACAUUUCACUAUGGCUUAUUCCAGUACUUCUGCCUAUUUGAAUUGGCAAGUAGAUUUUUGUCAUUUUACAUAGCAUAUCAUUAAUUUAAGUGGCAUUAUUUUCUGUUCAGCUUGUUAAUUUGAACUUUCAUAAUGCGUUCAAUAUAAUAUAUAUUUGCGGCAGCUUACAUUUUUAUUUUUGUAAUUUGUGCAACUUCACUGAAUUGUAUAAUUUUAAUGGAAAAAAACCCUAAUUGGUAAUAAAGUGGCCAAUGGGAGGGUCUUUCCCUUAUUGUAGUAACAGUUGUAUAUUUUCUUAAAUGUGUCUAAGAAAAAUCCCCAGAACUUGUAAGUUGCUUAAUGUUUAACAGUAGAACAUCACCUGUACGAGGUCGCAAAUGGAAGAGCUAAAUGCUCGAGUUAUCGAGGUUUUUGAAUAACCCAAAAAUAGAAAAGAAAAUGAAAUCGGCCUGGCAUUACAUGGAUUGUUCAUGCGAGUACAGGCUCAAGCCAGUGUUGUUCCACUGUACCACGUUUAUAAAGCAUUCUUUCUAUGCAUAUACACAUUCAGAAGUUGUUUAUGAAACGAUAGGAAUUAAUUACAAAGUGUUAAAACUAUUUUAAUUAAAGCACCCGCUUAGCUCAGUAGGGAGAGUGAAGAUGUAUACGGAUUGCACAGUCGUGAAUUCAAUUCCUGGGUGGGGCGUAUGUUCUCCGUGACGAUUUGAUAAAAGACAUUGUGUCUGAAAUCAUUUGUCCUCCACCUCUUAUUUGUGUGAGGAAGUUGGCAGUUACUUGCAGAGAACAGGUUUGUACUGGUACAGACUCAAGGAACAGUGGUUUGGUUAACUGUCCGCCAUAACUGAAAUACUGUUGAAAAAUGGUGUUAAACCCAAAACAAACAAUAACACGCAGAUUAUAGCUUUUGUCUGUUGCCUUCCCAGUGAGUUAAGUAUGUAGAGCCGCUUGCUUCAUGUGGUGAAGUUGUCGGCUACUUCUCAGGUCAUUUCUUGCUUUAUAUGGUGAAGAUGUCAGCAACUUGUCAGGUCAGUACUAGUAGAGAUCCAGGGCCAUAGGUUAUAGGUCGACAGACAACUGAAACUGUGGAAUAAUGGCAUUAACCCAGUAUUGUACAAACUGAUUUCUGAAAAAAGGGGUCUAAUACUUUCAGGGAGGUCAGGAAAAAUGAAGUAAGACUUAAAUCUAUAAAUGUAUUAUAUACCUUUCUUAUUGUGGUGGCACUGUUUGUGUACUUGUUCCCUUAACUAAUACUAAGCUUAGAAACUGUAAAGAAAUGUUUUUUGUUGGGAGUUUUUUUUUCUCUUUAAUCAAGAUUUAAAUGUAUCGUAUAUAUGUCAUCAAGCAUGUGUAAUUUCUACAUUCCCUAAAUUCAGUGUGAGUGGAUUAAACUUUUUCUCUUGGUGUUGAAGAUGUAAGAAUUCAUCUUUCCCUUUUAUGUCAGUGAUAUAUUGAAUUUGCAUUUCAUUAAAGGCCCAUAAUGCAUUUAUUUAAAAUGUGCUGCACAAAUGAGAUAUGUGAUUGAGGUUAUGAAAAUAUUGUAAAAAACACCGUAUCGUUUUGUAUGGUAAUAGUGUGCUGAUUUAGAAAUUUAUUAGAAUAUUUGUCAGUUGCAUAAAUAAAGUUGUUGCCCAGUUUUAUGUCAGUAAAUUCAAUACAAAUUUACUGAAAUGUAUUUAGAAAAUAUGUAUUGUACAUUAUCGGUACAUCUAAACUUCAGGUUCUUAUCUCAAUAAAUUUUCUUACUGUAGUGGGUAAAUCUUUGCUUCGGUUUUAGUUUGCAAUUUAGUAAUUAGCUUAUUUGCAUUGUUAAGAAUUAAUGACUGGUACCUGGGUAUAUAUUGAAUUAAUGACUGGUACCUGGUUAUAUAUUGAAUUAAUGACUGGUACCUGUACCUGGUUAUAUAUUGAAUUAUUGGCUGGUACCCGGUUAUAUAUUGAAUUAAUGGCUGGUACCCGGUUAUAUAUUUAAAGCAUGUUGUUUCAAAUUAACCAUUCUGCAGUAUUUCUUUGUUUACAGUUUCCGGUGCUUACAUGCAAAAUGUUCCUGUCCUGUUGUUGAGUUUAAGCAUUCGAUUUCCUUAUGAUGCUUUUUUAUGGGGGAAUUCUGAAUUUUGUCCAGUUUAACUAGAUUUUGUGCAAGUAGUCCCUAUUAUGCUAACUUAGCAGGGAAUUUGUAGUUUCGUGAAAUUUAGUGCAAGAGUUUCUAUGACGCUAACUCUAGCAGCCAUCAUACAAAGUGGUCAGUGUUACUUGUUAUACACUUUGGUCAGUGUAACUAAAUACAGUGUAUGUAGUCCCUAUGAUGUUAACUUCAGCAGGGUUUAGAUUUGAUCAAUUUCAUGAAAUUUAGUGUGUAAGUUCCUUCAGCUUUUCAUAAAGCACAUGCAUAUGUGAAUGUAAUUUUUUGCAUUGUUAAUUUUGCUUACUAUGAACAACUUUUAAAGAGUAGAUAUUUUACAAUGUUUUUGUUUAGUUAUGUGCUGAUAUAUUUAUGAUACCGUAGGUGUAAUGUGUGCUCGGUUCUGACUUGCUAAUGUUUUAAAGAUAAAUCAAUUAAAAGUUAUUACCGUCA